AUGCGGACUAAACUCGAACGCGACUCAAGUCGGAUGUUGACGUUGCGUUGUGUAUAUCGCAUUUCAGCGCCAAAUUUCUCUGGAUUUUGACGAAAUUCGCCGUUUUCUUGAUCGUAUUUCUAUUCUCAGCAAGUCAGAGGACAUAAGAGCUAAUUUCUGGCCAAGUCUGAGUUGUUUUCAAAGUGAAUCGAACGGUCUUGUUGUAAUAUAGCGGUCUUUGGGUCAGCUGAACUACUGAGCGAACAAAAACAUUUUCACGCGAUCGUGAUCUCCUUGAUAUCUCCAAGUCCAAGUCCACCGAUCGUCGCACUUUUUUCAUCAUUUCAAUCCUGAAUCUUUUCCUGACACGACAGAGCAGCCACAGGGCGACAUGAAGAUAGAUAUUCACAACCACAUCCUGCCAGAAAGGUGGCCAGAUUUGAAAGAGAGAUAUGGCUAUGGAGGGUGGAUCCAGCUCCACGAUCACUGCAAUGGCAAGGCCAACAUGGUACGAGACGGGAAGUUGUUCCGUGUUAUUGAUGCCAACUGCUGGGACCCAGAGGUCCGUAUCAGGGAAAUGGACGCAACAGGUGUGACUGUCCAGGCAUUGUCUACUGUUCCUGUCAUGUUCAGUUACUGGGCAAAACCGGAGGACACCCUUGACCUGUGUAAGAUCCUGAAUGACGACAUGGCGCGUACCGUCAACAAGUACCCUUCCCGGUUCAUCGGGCUGGGUACCCUGCCCAUGCAGGCUCCUGAGCUGGCCGUGCAGGAGUUGAAGCGAUGUGUGAAGGAGCUGGGCUUUCCCGGGGUUCAGAUAGGCUCACAUGUGAACGAGUGGAACCUGGACGCACCAGAGCUGCAGCCCAUCUUUGCUGCGGCUGAAGAGUACAACUGUUCUAUCUUUGUGCACCCCUGGGACAUGGAACAGGGAGGUCGCAUGUCCAAAUACUGGCUGCCAUGGCUGGUCGGCAUGCCAGGGGAGACAGCUACAGCCAUGUGCUCCAUGAUAUUUGGUGGAGUUCUGGAGAGACAUCCCAAACUCAAGGUCUGCUUUGCACAUGGGGGGGGUGCGUUCCCCUUCACCAUCGGUCGUAUCGAGCACGGGUUUAACGUGCGGCCGGACCUCUGCGCGGUGGAUAACCCCCACAACCCUCGGAACUACGUCGGACAGAUCUACACAGACUCCCUCGUACACGACCAGAGGGCGCUCAAGUACCUGGUGGAGACCAUGGGAGAGGACCGUGUAGUGUUGGGGAGUGACUACCCCUUCCCUCUGGGAGAGCACCACCCUGGCAAACUUGUCGAGUCCAUGCAGGACUUUGAUUCAAAUCUCAAGCACAAGCUGUUGGUUGGGAAUGCCUUGGAAUUUCUUGGUGUGGAUGCGAGCAGGUUUGAACAAGCAAAGACGUCUGAAGCCAUGGAAACGUGAAAUGUGUUCCCAGUGUAAAACUCUCUUGCCUUGCAGUUGCAAUGCACAUGUAUAGUUAUGCCAAAGUCUUCUGCAGAUACUUCAGUGUUGACUAAAUUAUAAGAUAAGUAGUGCUACGCCUUAGAAGUGAAACAUCCUUAGAUCAGCCUGGGUGCCAUCCUAUUUGUAUGCCGGGGCUCCCAUACUCGCUUUCUUCUAAGAAAUAUUUCUUAGGGAGUGAGUAUGGGAGGCCCCGGCUUACAAACAGAAUGGUACCCAGGCUAGCCUUAGAUAGAUCAAAUGUAAAUUUUUGGCUCAACUCUUUUGCUUAAGGCUUGGAAAGAAGCACUUCAGAUAAACAAAUAAAGAAGGAAAGAAAUGGCGCCCUGACUUAUAAUGGAAGAUGCACCUGUUUCCGAAAGUGUUGCAAAAUGUUUUGUUUGAUUGAAAAUAUUUGUUGCAACUAAAUUUAUGUAGUUAUCACUUGACUGUUAAUGAUUAACUAAUUAAAAGGACAUGUACAUGUACUAGUGAUUCUGAAGCCAUAUGAGCCAUGCACUUAUUCUAGAUAUGCUAAGUAACUCCAUAAUAUUUGCUGAAGAAUCCUUGUAACACGGGUAUCGUACUUAACAACACCAAAAGUGAAAAAAGAGAAAAUACAAUUAGGAUGUCAUGUACCAUGACAUGACAUGUCAUGUCAAGUUUGUUUUCUUGGCAAGUGCCAGUAAUUUUUAUUUCCGAGGGCCAGUAUUGUAUUGGUUGCUUGGGUGCCAAUAGAUGUAUGUAAUUGUCGAUUAGCAUUUCGUUUGAUUCAUUGUUUCAGAAAUGUCUUUAUUAGUCAAAUCUGUUGUCUUUUAUCUUACAGUGAACUGCUUGCUCUUAAUGUUUACAACUGAGGCAAAACUACUAUGAUUGAGCUAUGUACUGUCAGCAUUCUUAGUUGCAUUACUAACGUAGGUAAAUAAGUUACUAUCGUACAGCAAAAAUAGUUUUAAAACCUUCAUCUUUAAUAGAGCUACUAACUAAAAAUUACGCCUGUGCCAGUCUUUAGAUGAGAAGAUGGCUCUAGUCAAGAUGAAAUGAUUUUCUAGAUGCAUUGAAGUGAAAUGUAAUUUGUGCUUUAGAAGAUUAAUACCUUCUGUUGCUAAGUACAUGUAUCAGGAUGUGUGUUCAGUAUUUAAUGAUACCUUGAAGCUAGUUUUGUGUGAGAGUAAUCUUAAUUUGAUGGUCAUUUGAAAUACGUUAUAUCUAAAGAUGUUUAGAAUGCUAUUUUUCAGGGGGAGCCAAGGUGAAGAAGAUUUUAUUUCAUGUACAUCACAUUACCAAGUUUAGAUGUGUUCAAAUUUGGUUGUAAUGCUGUGGUUUGACCACAUUUUAUGAAAAGUUCAGUUUGAUUUUUGUUCUGUGUAUUGAAUGUAACAUUAGAUAUAAUACAACUUAGUUCUUAUGCAGAUUUGAGAGUGAUGUUAAAAGAUUUAAGAAUGUAAUUUAACUUUCAGAACUUUCAAGUUUAUAUUGCGACAGUCACUAAAUCAGCCAUUUCUUGAAUUCACUGAAGAAGCAUGGACCAGUAAAAGCAGCACUACCUACAGCUCUUUUAAAUUUAAUGUAUGGCCUAAGUGUGCUAGGUUCUACCCUUUAAGCUUGUUUACAGAGAUGAACAAUAAAAGUAAUAUAAUUGUGAUCUCUCUAUUAUCUGCAAAAGGAAUAUGAAUUACAUUGUAAUGAAUGACAACCUUUAUUGCACGUUUUUGCCACACUGGGCUAAGUACAGGUCAAAACAAAACAUGAUGAACAGAUGUAGUCAACAGAUACAAAAUAAAACUAUCAUUAGUACUUAACACCUUAACU